AUGGUCGAGGUCAGCCGGUCGAUGAUGAAAGGGCGCAGUGCCGCGGAGCAGCGUGAAGCUGUCAUCCAGGGCUUCCCCGAGGUGCCUGAGUGGUUUCGGCGGGUGUUCCCUUAUAGCAAGUGGGGCGCAGAGCUGAAUGCCAAGAUCACUCCCGCGUUCUUCACCUGGCUGGUGGGCCCCAUGCAGACAGCCGUGACUGAGGUGGAUGGGCAGCAGCAGAUGAGCGCGGUGAAGAUAGAGCGGUGCCGCUAUCUAGCGGAGAGCGGCUGCACCGGCAUGUGCAUCAACCUCUGCAAGAGCCCCACACAAGCUUUCUUCACCGAGCAGCUGGGCAUGCCACUGACCAUGACGCCCAAUUUCGAGGACCUGAGCUGCGAGAUGGUGUUUGGCAAGCGCCCGCCACCCCUGAGCGAGGACCCGGCGGCGCAGCAGCCCUGCCUGGCCAGCUGCGCCACGGCGGUGGUGGGUGCGGCGCGCUGCCACAAGCUGGAUUGA